AUGAAUAAAAUCGAAAAGAAUGGAAGAAAACGGCUCAAUGAGAUUUACAUAGGAGCACAUAAGAUUGAAGCCAAUGUUGCACGAUACCAACGGAAGGAGAACGAGAAUCGCACAAGAAACUUUCGAACCACAAGUAGAGUACAACCAGAACCAGCAAUGAACACGCGACUACAAGGCAGGUCGUUUGUCGAUGUUGUUAAGGGGACAAGGCAAACCGCAAACAUUGAAUCUGGUAAGUCAAGCAAAGUAGACGAUGGGCCGACCCCUGCAAGGAAAGAGGUUGAGCGAUGCCCUUCAAUACAGCUAAAGUAUUUGGGAGGCCUAAAGAUGCUUCUUGAAUUCGAGAAUACAUCGGAAAAGGUCGCGUUCAUGAACAAUGGGAAGGAGAUUUGGCAGCCGUGGUUUAAAGAGGUCAAUAACUGGGACGUGGAAGGUAACUUUACUGAAAGAAUUGCAUCCAUAAUCAUCCAGGGUGUGCCUCAACAUGCAUUGUGUGAGGAAGCUUUUAACAUUAUCGCAAGAUCGUGGGGGUCGGUGCUCUUCCAUCAAAAUCUUGGUGGACAGAAAAUCUUACCAGAUAAACGUCAUGAGGAUAUAUUUGAAUCUCUGAAACUUAGUCCGGUGCUUGCUGCAAACGAUUUCUACCAAAGGAUGUCAUGGUGGGAUGAAGAUAGCACUGGUGAUAAUGGCAGUCUCAAUAGUGACGUUCCGGACCACUCUGAAGCUAGUUUACAGUCUCCGAGAAUAUCUUCGGCGAAGUCUUAG